GUGACUUUGCCGUAGCCGAGGGGGCCGUCAACCGCCGACUUCAGUCGAAGAGCCAACCAAACCUUGGAACGUAGGUUCGCGCACAAGCGUCAGGCUAGGCGAGAUGUGCGUUCCAAGCACUCCGGGCAUCACUCCUGCAUCUACAGUAGUCUGUGAUGGCAAGAUGAUUGCGCAUGUGGAGACUGCUGCUUGGCCUGCAGAGGAGCCUGCCAUUAAAUGGCGCACUGCUCUCCCCGAGCCGCAGGAGCCUCUGAGGCCAUUCAGCCUCUGGCAGGCAUUGAAGGAUCUCAUCGGCAAGGAUAUACUGGAUGCCCCACUGCCGAUUGGGCAGUACUGCCCCCUGACUGAGCUGCAGUUCCGCGCAGAAGAACUGGAAUACACUGAACUGCUGGAUCAGGCAGCAGAGCUGCCUAAGGGCAGCAUGGAGCGGCUGCUGCUAGUGGCAGCGUUCGCGCAAAUCGGAUUCUCAGCCGGCCUCCGUCCUUACAAGUGCAUGAACCCUGUGAUGGGCGAGACUUUCGAGAUUGUGAGGCCUGAGAAGGGCAUGCGGGCAGUCAUGGAGGCUGUGCACCAGGACUUCAGGGGAUCCACUCGCAUUAUCAACGCCUGGCACGCCCAGGGGGCUCAGUGGGAACUCUCUGGAGAGGAUGAGCCACGAGUCCGCUUCUGGGGAUCGUCCGUGGAUAUUCAUCUGAACUGGACAGAUGUACUCACCUUCUCAGAUGGCGACACCUACUCCUGGCGCAAGGGGACCUCCAAUAUCAGCGGCCUCAUCAGCGGCAACCUGGUCAUUACCCACAAAGGAGUCUUGUCAAUCACCAGCCACACAAGUGGUGCUACCGUGCAUUUGACCUUCAAGGAACCCGGCAUGUUCAGCGGAAAGAAUGCCCUCAAGCAUGAAAUGACAGGAGUAGUGGAACUGAAUGGGAAGAAACUGCCGGCGCCAACCAUCAGCGGUCAUUUUGACCAGAAGCUGGUCGCCAACAUGGCUAAUGGAUCCACAAAAACACUGUGGGAAAAGAGAUACCCACAGGGCGGCCUUGGCAGGUGCCAAUUCUCCGAGUGGACCGCGUCUCUGAACGAAAUCCCGGUUGGUCAACGCAAGCGGCUGCCGGCGUCGGACGCGAGGCUGCGGCCGGACAUUCGCGCGCUCGAAGACGGCCGCUACGGCCAGGCGGACAGCCUCAAACGGGAGCUGACCGCGCGCAUCAAAAAGAAGGUCCUGGACGAGGCGAAGAAGGGAACGCCGCUGCAGCCGCGCUGGUUUGCGUUGACAGAGCCCGGCGCGCUGACAUCAGGAUUGACCACCGGCACUGUGCAGCGCUACAAGUUCACCGGCGAGUACUGGAAGGCACGGCGCAAUGGCAGCUGGGACAACGUCCCUGAUCUCUUCGAGUGGAGGAUCAAAAUUCGGAGCGAUGCCACAGGCUCAAGGAGAACUCUAUUGGCCGUAGAAUGAUAGAUGAAUAGCCGCAGUAUUGCAAACUUCACCUCACGGCAGUGGCUCUGCGGGAUGGGCUUCAGAACAACACUCGGGCUUCAGAACAAAGCUCUGGAGUGGGAUCCAAUUUUGGCACGUUCAGAAGCUACAUCAGAUGCAAGCAGCCUUUCAAGGGUGUGCACGGCGAGUAGGAAAUGGGUAGGACUGUGAGCAGAGCAGAUCCUUUCAAGUGCAUAUAUGCGGCUCAGCGCUGCACAGCGGCUGCAACUGAUGAAGUUGACAGCCAGCUGAGCGGCAGCUACAGAAGGAGUUAUUCCCAGGCGCUCCUUAGCUUAGAACUGCACUGGAAGUACUCAGGAGAAUGCCUAUCCAAAUUGGCACGGUACAGGGCAGCAGAUGCUUGUUGUGGGGCUGUGGCGGGACCAUUCUUGUUGCUUGCCGCAGGCAGUGUCACAAUAUGAGGUUGAACAUACUUGCCCCACUUUGCAACACCCAGUUGUUAUGGAAUCUACAGCUGCUGACAUAAGAUAGCUGGGGCCCGAAGCAAAUCAUUGAACUUGAGUCAAGGGUUGGGUUGCAGGCAGGCUGCCAAAGCAUUCUGUGGCCACAGGUUAGUGGGAGGCCAUAUUCUCCAUCUGUGAUGGUCUUUGGACCUUUUCCAUCUUUCAUCAAGAUGAACGAGCUUUACACUACUUUGACAAGCAAUGAGAGUUCUUUAAAGCCGUGCAACACCUCCAGAUGAGGGCCAGUCUGCUGUGGCUGGUGUAACGCCCAAUCCAUCGUAUC